GCAGUUACCAAGGGAGACGGUGUGAAGCUGUGGAUACGGCAACGCUGAGUGUCCCAGGAGGAGGAUCGAUCUGACAUCCGCGGCAAGUAGGAGACACCAGCUCAGUGAAGAUGGUUGAAUGGAUUACCCUGUGAGGAGUGGUCUGAAGUGGAGCAGGAUGGAUUUGUUGGGUCUACCAAGAAGGUGACACCUUUAGUGGUCCAAGUGCAUCACGUGAAGUUGUUUAGUCUUGAGUUGGAGUUGGAGCUGGAGCUGGAGCUGAAUGGGAAUGCCUGCCGUUAGUCACGUACCAGAAAAUUCUUCCACAGCAUCCGAUGAGGAGGAGCAUGAGGACCACCCAUGCAUACUGUGGACAGGCAUCAAUCGGCUGGUACCUACCUUGGUUUUCUAUGCAGAUGGUAUUGUAACAAAGGACAGCACCUUACGCUUAAUUGGAGAACGCUACCACUUGGCGUACAAGAUUGUGCGCACUGAGAGCAGGCUGGUACGUAGCAUUCUGACGGUGCAUGGCUUCCAUGAGGUGCAUCCCAACAGUAAUGAUUUCAACCUGAUGUGGACAGGUUCUCAUCUUAAACCUUAUGUAUUACGCUCACUGCUGGAAUUUCAAAAAGUCAACCACUUCCCCAGAUCCUAUGAAUUGACCAGGAAGGAUCGGCUGUACAAAAAUAUCCAACGCAUGCAGCAAACGUUUGGUUUCAGGCAUUUCAACAUUGUACCUCAGGCGUACAUCCUCCCUGCUGAGUACCAGGAAUUAUGGACUGCACAUACAAAGGAUAAAGGAGCAUGGAUUGUCAAACCAGUUGCAUCUUCUCGAGGCCGUGGAGUGUACUUGGUCACAAAUCCUAACCAGAUUACAACAGAUGAGAGCAUCUUAGUUUCACGUUACAUCCGCUCUCCACUGCUAAUUGAUGAUUUCAAGUUUGAUGUGCGAUUGUAUGUCUUAGUGACAUCCUACGAUCCUCUGGUGGUUUAUCUAUAUGAAGAAGGAUUGACAAGGUUCGCUACUGUGAAGUAUGACCGUGCAACAAAGAAUAUCAAAAACCAGUUCAUGCAUCUAACCAACUACAGCAUCAACAAGAAAAGCCAAGACUAUGUCAGCUGUGAUGAUCCAGAUGUGGAGGAUUAUGGGAAUAAGUGGAGCAUGAGUGCUAUGCUGCGGUACCUGAAGCAGGAAGGAAUGGACACAGUUGCUUUGAUGGCUCAGAUCGAGGACCUUAUCAUUAAAGCACUGAUUGCAGCCGAGCUUCACAUUGCCUCUGCUUCCAAAAUGUUUGUGCCCCACAGAGGCAACUGCUUUGAGCUGUAUGGCUUUGAUGUCCUAAUUGACUCCAAUCUCAAGCCCUGGCUGCUGGAAGUUAAUCUAUCACCGUCCCUGGCAUGUGAUGCACCCUUGGAUUUGAAGAUCAAAGCAAGCCUGCUGUCUGACAUGUUCACAUUAGUGGGAUUUGUCUGUCAGAACCCAAUUGUCCGGCAAGGCAGACCAGUGAAAAGCAGUAGUGAUCUUGGCGCUCGACCUAAGUCCCACAGAGCUCUGCAUCAACAGAGGUCAAUGUCUGCAAAUGAUUCUGAGGUAAAAGGCAAGACUUCAUCGGGCAAGGAGAGACCAUUAGGAGCACAAGGAUCAAGCAAUCUGCAAUUGUCUAUGGAGGAGAUAAAAGUUGUGCGGCGUACAAUGGAAGAGAAUGAAAGAAAAGGGGGAUUUAUACGGAUAUUUCCCACUGCUAAUACCUGGGAACUUUAUGGGCAAUUUCUAGAGCAUAAAACCACGCUGAACUAUGUGCUGGCCACACGUCUUUUUGCAGGCAGGAAGAAGAAACUUGCUACCUCGUUAAAACUUCGCAAUGGUGUAACGCAGAGCAAUCACGGGCCUGUCCGCACAGAGGUGUUACUUGUAGAGGCUCACAACCAUGUUCAGCAAUACGAGAGGAAACUGCUGUCACUGGAAGAGAGAAGGAAGCAGAACCAACAUGCUGCACAGACAGCAUUGGGAAAAGGGUCCUCGCACAAAAUUGCAGUUGCUUCUUCUGGCAGUGCUGGUUGUGAAGCUGAGGGUGAAGGGGAAGAGGAAGCAGAGGAUGAUGAGGAAAUAUCAGAGGAUGAAGCAGAAAAUAGUGAUCAUACCUGCCCUGUCCAAGCCCUGGCUCAGGAACCAAUCUCAAAAGACUUAAGAGUCAAUAAUGAGGGAAUGCAGGAACAACUGGAACUCACUGAGCGGGAGGUUGUUGGCAAACAGAUGCUUGGUCAGGGGCAAUCUUUGACUCAAACCAAAGAGGAAGAAAACAGCAAGCAACCAAAAGUUAACCUCCUUGAGAUGAUACAGCAAGGAGCCAAUCUAAGUAAGGUACAGGCACGCUUGGCCUUCGCGUCCUAUCUGCAGCGUGUGCAGUUCCGGCUGCUCAGGGAGCGUCUCCAUCAGAGUGAACCCACCACACUCACUGACCAGGAGGAGGAGCAAAUGGAUCUGGUGAUCAGGUUUUUGAAGCGAGCAGCCAGUAAUCUCCAGCAGUCGGUGAUGGUGACAUUGCCCAGUCGUCGCCUUCCGAUCUCUGAGCGUCGACACAUGCUGGCACAGCAACUCGGGGUCUUCAUCCGCAGCUACAAUAAGGAAACAGAUCGAAUUAUUAAGAGAAGCCAGAUGGAUCCAAAGCCGGAGACCUGCAUCCAACAGGAAGAAUUCCAAGUAUUUGUCAGUAAAGCCAGUGAGAAUGAUCUGGAGGAACUGCUCACAACCUACACACGUAAAAACAAAUCAGCCAGUGUCUUCCUGGGGACUCAAACCAGGAAUGGGAACCAGAGCAUCGGUAUGCAGCAAAACAGCACCAAGUCCACAAAAGGACCAGCUGUACUCAACGAGAGAAAUUCAUGUAAAUCAGAUGGUUCUGGUGAUGGCAGGUUCUGUUGUACAGAAAACCACUCGAUGCAGGACGUCUCCAGUUAUCAUGUUCACCCUCCACACACAGCCCUACAGCAAGCAGGCUACCAGCCCAUGCCCACUUCCUUACCCACCUGCGCGACUCCAACUCAAGAUCUAGCUACCUCGCUGGCUGAGGUAGUGGGCAGGACUGGCACAGGGGCCAGCAGACUGGGUUCAGCUACCCUGCCAUCUCGCCACCCCCUGCACCCAGGCACGAUCCAGCGGCCCACUUCCAGCACUCUCCCAAUUACUCCAGUAUCAUCUUUCCAAGCAGCUACACAGAUCUACAGUCGGAAAAUAUCCCGCCCGACCUCGGCCACAGCUGGAUCAGGUGUUCGAUGCCUCAGUCGACUGCCUCAAUCAGCAGCAAUGGUUGGCACACUGGGGGAAGGUGACCACCAACCCACUCCAAGUGAAGACGUGAACCAUGAAGCCAUCUCGAUCAUUCUUCAGCGCUUGGCAGCAAAGCAGAGAGCUCGGCAAUACUCUGCCUCGAAUCAUCUCAAUAUUCUAACGCAGCAGCUAUCCAACAUGAACCUGGCAAGUGGAGCAAUGAGCAGAGGAAAUAUGUUUACGACACCGGGCUUCCAGUCAUCAGUCAAAAACUUGGAUUCGAUACACGCUGCCCACCUUGACUCUCAAGCUCCCAGCUCUGGGUGUGGUGACAGAAUCGCAUCUACAGCCUCCCGGGGUUUUGUGGAUAACCUGAGCUGGGAUCAGGAGGUCGAGUGUGCAUAUAACACAGUGACAGGAGUGACUCCAAGGCAGAGAUACCAGCCCACAUCAGGGAGCCAGCAACUUCAGUACGCACUCCAACAUCUCCAACAGCAACAGCAGCACUCCCGACAGCUCCUGGAUACCAGUCGUGCCCGGCAGCAGGUAAAAGAGUGGGCAGAGCAUAAUCGGCACCAGGGAAACAAGCAGUUGGGCCAGAGCGCCAAACCUGGUGGCGAGGCAAUCCUUACAGAAAACCAGUCGCAGGCUGUGGAACCUAGCCUACAAUGGUCAGCAGCUCUAGCAGCAGGGGGGCAGACCUCUGUGAGCAGCAAAGUUUGCACUCAGUGGCCAGUCAGCCAACAGAAGCUGGAGGGUUCUGAGAGCGGUCCUCCACUCCUCCCACCCAGGCCACCACCAAGUACCAAGCAAGGGUCAACUAGAAAGGCAUUCACCCAGAGGGUAUCCAGCUCAGCCAAACCGAGCAGACUGAGCAUCAACCUUACAUCGAGACCCCCGUCAGAACCCAGGAGUGAAUGGACCAGCUGAUCCUCACAGACUAGAUUCCAUGAAUCCAUUGACACAUGGGGCUCAGGAACCCCCUGGUACAAAUACAUUGAGGAAUCUAAUGAUACAAAGAUCAUAGAAUCCACAUCAGAGACCUGUCUUCAGUGCUGCCCUCUCCCACACCCCUCAACACCUCCCAGUGUGGAGAUGGACUCAGAGAUUAAUAAUUGGCAGCCUUGGCAUAAUUACUGAGGAGGUGAUAGGGUGUGGAAACGUACAAACUGUGGACCAACAGCACCACGCCUGGGCCUGACAGAAAGCCCCAUCGACGCUGUGAAAUAAAGAGCUAGCAGCAAGGUUCAGUUCUCCUGCCAGAGGAACGGCAGCACUGCCAACUGCUCCAGAUGGGCCACUGCUCACCGAGCCUGCACAUACCAAGUGAGGAGGGUUUCCCACACCCAGCCAACACUGUCACUCACCAUCUCAAUUUUGUUCAAGUGCUGCCUCCACUACACCUUGUGAGAGCCAUGUAAGCUGCCCGUCGAGACCGGCCAUUCUCAGAGACACAUUAUUCUCAGAGACACAUUAUUCUCAGAGAUACACAGUUUCCGUCACCAGAAGGAAGGCUGCAGAUGCCCAGGGAUUGCCCACUCUGAGGCCAUCAGCAUAGCUCCUCACAAAAUAGUGCUCACCUCAAGCAGAGGCACAGCUUGGGGGUGGUGGGAGCACCAAUACAUGGGCUUACUCCUGAGAGUCCCCACGUUCUGCACACCUUGAUAAAGCCGAGCCAUGAGCAGUGAGUGGCAUCUCCCUACAUCAUUAAAGAAUUUCUGACUGUGCAGUGUCCUCAGCAGUGUCUGCAUGUUCCUCGUCCGUGCUUUUGUUGUUCAAAAUAGGAUAAGAACAUUAAGUUUCAUGGGAUCCCAGCAGCAGAGUAGCUUAUUCUUCUAUCAGUCAGUCUUGGGACAUGGAUGUCACUGGCUAGGCCAGUAUUUAUCACUUGUCCCUAGUUGCCCCUUGAGAAGGUGGUGAUGAGCUGCCUUGUUGAAUCACUGUGCUGUAGGUAGACCCACAAUGCCCUUAGGGAUUGAAGGGGAAGUUACAGGGUCAGGGGUCAGUGUUGACUGCUUGCCCUGUUCUUGAGGAGAUUGUACUGGACUUCAAAGCCACAUGCACCAAGUCUACCAAGAUCCAACAGUGGAGGGGAGAUGGAGCUGAGGGGUUCCCCGGUCUGCUGAUGUGAAUUGAGAAGUGUCCCUUACAUAUGUAAUGAGCUCUCCCUAUGCUGGACUAAAAUGUUUUAACUCAUUGCCGUGACUCACUGCUCUGGUAUGGGAACUCUGCCUACUUCAGUUACCUCUCAGUUCCCAAGACCACUCCCAUGUGAACGGGUCCCCCACUCCUCAUUUCACACUCGGAGUUGGAGGGGAAGGACUGUGUUUGUGCAUGCAUUAUUUUACACGGGUAUUGCACAGCUAAAAGAUGCAGAGAGUAGGUCCCUUCCCCAUAGCUCCAAUGUACCCCCAGGUUUUUCACAGUACUACUGUAUAAUGCACCUUGCUGCAGAAAGCAACUUUAAUGUGGGUAUUUAUGAUUCUUUGUUCAUUUUAAUUUUUGAAGUGUGUUCCUGUGUGAGUAGUGUGUAUAUAAUAAUGUGGUUGGGCGAUAUCUCGCUGUUUUUUAUGAUCAGAGGGGAAUCCAUUGUCAGCGCUUCAGUAAAGACCCUCUGGAUUUGGUUUUCUUUCUGAUCAAGACAGGCCUCGCUGUUUUAGAAAGAAAUUUACAGCAAUGUAUUAAAAUGAAAUGUAAUGUUUUUCA